UGGGAUUGGGCAAAUGAGAGCGUGAGAGAGAGAGAGCAUGGAGCGUCCUUUUUUGUGUUGCACUUGCAGUAUCGGUUGAUUUUGCAUUUGGACAUUGUUUUUCGUCUUAUUGAUUAACCAUGUCGUUGGCGGAUGAAUUGUUAGCCGAUCUGGAGGAAGAUGACGAAGAAGAUGUUGACAUGGAAGAGUCAGAUGCGGAAUUUAUUCCGACUUCUAUCUCCAACCCCAUCAAAGAAGAAGACAUCAAAGUGCAGAGGGUCACAGAGCUCUGUAAACUUCGAGACUCAGCCCAGUUACAAAAUGUGAUGUCGCAGAUCGAGAAAUACAGUAAAAUUCUGCGAAAAACAACCGAUAUUGUUGGAGCCGUCGAAUCCGAUCCAGAGUAUCAGCUGAUAAUUUCAGCAAACAAUUUAGCCGCGAAAAUCGAUGACGAAAUCGCGACGAUACAUCGUUUCACCAAAGAUAAAUAUUCGAAAAGAUUUCCCGAGCUCGAGUCGCUAGUUGUGGACGCAUUGGAAUACGUAAUGACAGUACGAGAGCUCGGCAACGAUUUAGAUCGGGCGAAAAAUAAUGAAAUUCUUCAACAAUUUCUCACUCAAGCUAUCAUCAUGGUUGUUUCGGUGACGGCUUCGACGACUCAGGGACAAUUAUUGACCGAGGAGGAAAAAGACGCGAUCUUCGAGGCAUGUGACAUUGCCGUGGAUCUAAAUAAUCACAAGAUCAAAAUAUUUGAUUACGUCGAGAGCAGAAUGGCCUUCAUUGCUCCGAAUCUCUCGAUAAUUGUUGGCUCUUCAACUGCCGCAAAAAUUAUGGGCGUUGCUGGCGGCUUGACCCGAUUAUCAAGAAUACCGGCCUGCAAUAUUUUGGUUCUGGGAUCGAAAAAGACAACUCUGUCGGGUUUUUCGCAGACAUCGACUUUACCUCACGCAGGUUUCAUUUACUAUGCGGAUGUCGUCCAGGAAACUCCGCCCGAUCUUCACCGAAAGGCGGCGAGACUUGUUGCGGCGAAAUGCACAUUGGCGGCUCGAGUCGACGCUUCGCACGAAUGUCCUGACGGCCAGAUUGGCCGAAUGUUUCGCGAAGAAAUUGAGAAGAAACUGGACAAAUUGCAAGAGCCGCCGCCUGUGAAAUUCAUCAAACCUCUGCCGAAACCAAUUGAUCCUGGCCGGAAGAAGCGUGGUGGAAAACGCGUUCGCAAAAUGAAGGAGCGAUACGCUAUCACGGAAUUCAGGAAACACGCGAACAGAUUAAACUUUGCUGAUAUCGAGUCGGAUGCGUAUCAAGAGGAUCUUGGAUAUUCGAGAGGAACAAUCGGAAAAGCGGGAACAGGUCGGAUCCGAUUGCCCCAGGUUGAUGAGAAGACCAAAGUUCGAAUUUCGAAAACUCUGCAGAAGAAUUUGCAAAAACAGCAACAAUGGGGUGGCAGUACUACUGUUAAAAAACAGGUUUCCGGAACUGCUUCCAGUGUUGCUUUUACUCCUCUUCAAGGCUUAGAAAUAGUCAAUCCACAAGCAGCAGAAAAAAAAGUGAACGAAGCGAAUGCGAAAUACUUUUCAAAUACAACCGGUUUCUUGAAUGUGAAAAAGUGUGAAGAGAAUGGAAAAGUAAAUAUGAAAAAGGAAGAAAAGUGAGAUAUCAUAAUUUCUGUUACUAUUUAAGUCGAUAUCGAAUAAAUAAAUUUUGGAGUCAAUACUUUCAGAGAGAAA